UCAUUGCUGAAAAUCUGAAGUGAUUAUUGACAGACAGUGGGGAAAGAGGACAUGAUGCAGGCAACAAGGUAGCAGCCUGGCUCUGAAGUGGAAUUAUGUGCUUCAAACAAGUUAAAAGAGGGCAACAAAAAGCUAUUUCCUGCUUUCAGGCAUGAAUCAGGUCACAAUUCAAUGGGAUGUGGUAAUAGCUAUUUACAUAUUCUUCAACUGGUGUCAUGGAGGAAUUACAAAUAUAAACUGCUCUGGCCACAUGUGGGUAGAACCAGCCACAGUUUUUAAGAUGGGUAUGAAUGUCUCUAUAUAUUGCCAAGCAGAAAUUAAGAACUGCCAACCAAAGAAACUUUAUUUUUAUAAAAAUGGCAUCAAAGAAAGAUUUCGAAUCACAAGAAUUAAUAAAACAACAGCUCGGCUUUGGUAUAACAACUUUCUGGAGCCACAUGCCUCUAUGUACUGCACUGCUGAAUGUCCUGGAUAUUUUCAAGAGACAUUGAUAUGUGGAAAAGACAUUUCUUCUGGAUAUCCACCAGAUGUUCCUGACAAGGUAACCUGUGUCAUUUAUGAAUAUUCAGGCAACAUGACUUGUACCUGGAAUUCUGGGAAGCCCACCUACAUAGACACAAUGUAUGUGGUGUAUGUGAAGAGUUUAGAGACAGAAGAAGAGCAACAAUAUCUUUCGUCAAGUUAUAUUAACAUCUCCACUGAUUCAUUGCAAGGUGGCAAGAAAUAUUUGGUUUGGGUCCAAGCUGCAAAUGCAUUGGGCACAGAGAAGUCAAAACAACUGCAAAUUAAUCUGGAUGAUAUAGUGAUACCUUCUGCAUCCAUCAUUUCCAGGGCUGAGGACAUAAAUACGACAGUACCCAAGACCGUGAUUCACUGGAAUAGUCAAACAACAAUAGAAAAGGUUUCCUGUGAAAUGAGAUACAAGUCUAAAACAAACCAAACUUGGAAGGUUAAAGAAUUUGACACCAAUUUUACAUAUGAGCAACAGUCAGAAUUCUACUUGGAACCAAACACUAAGUAUAUAUUUCAAGUGAGAUGCCAAGAAACAGGUAAAAGGUACUGGCAGUCCUGGAGUUCACCCUUUUUUCAUAAAACAACUGAAACAGUCCCCCAGGUCACACUGAAAUCAUUCCAACAUGAUACUCAGAAUUCUGGGCUUCUAAUUGCUUCCAUCUUUAAAGGACACGUUACCGCUGACAACAGGCAACAAGACAUUGGAUUUUUAUUGGGAAUGAUCUUCUUUGCUGUCAUGUUGUCGAUUCUUUCUUUGAUUGGGAUAUUUAACAGAUCUCUCCGAACUGGAAUUAAAAGAAGAAUCUUAUUGCUAAUACCAAAGUGGCUUCAUGAAGAUAUUCCUAAUAUAGAAAACAGUAGUAUCGUAAAAAUGCUACAGGAAAAAAGUGAAUUUACAGAUAAUAAUUCCAGUGAACAGGUCCCAUAUGUUGAUCCAGUGGUUACAGAGAUAGAAAUCUUUCUCCCAGAAGAACACAAACCCACAGACUAUAAGAUGGAAAAGAAUACAGAAUCCCUGGAGACCAGAGACGGCCUGCAAAAGUCACUACUCACCAACACUACAGUUGUAUAUAUUCCUGGCCUCAGCCCUGGGUAUAAACCCCAGAUUUCAACUUUUCUCACUGGGGGAAACCAUCUCAGCAAAAAUGAUGAAACAGCUUCCUCAACUCUCAAACCACCAGCUGAUUCCAUAGACCUCGGGAAAAAUGCCAUGUUUAAAAAAUAUCCUAAUUUUGCUUUCCCUGUCUCAAGUAUGAAUUCACUAAGCAACACACUAUUUCUUGAAGAAUUAAGCCUUAUUCUGAAUCAAGGAGAAUGCAGUCCUCUGGACAUGCAAAACUCAGUAGAGGGAGAAACUACCAUGCUUUUGGAAAAUGUUUCACCCAAUGAAACUCUUCCAGAACAGACUCUGUUGCCUGAUGAAUUCGUCUCCUGUUUGGGGAUCAUGAAUGAGGAGUUGCCAUCCAUUAAUUCUUAUUUUCCACAAAAUAUUUUGGAAAACCACUUCAAUACCAUUUCACUCUUGGAAAAGUAGAGCUGCAUAGUCAAAGUUAAUAUGGGAAAGCUGUCUUGCAAUCUAAAGUUGGAUAUCCUCCUCAAUAUAAAUUUAAUUCUGCCCUAUUUUUCAAAAUUAGAGAAUUAAGAUCCAAAGAUGGAACAUACUUCAUACUCACAAAAGAAGCACCAAUAUUAGGUGCACCUUCAAAAAGUAUCAACUAAAUCCUUUUUAUUUUCCUCAUCGCAAGGCACAGAAUGGAUCUCUCCAUUACAAGAAGGUUAAAUAAUAGAAGAUAUGUGGCAGUGAAAUAAAUGUUGAAAAUACUUCUUAAAAAUUGAGAUGUUAAUGUUUGUUUGCAAGGGAGAAGAAAGUUUAAUUUUCAUUUUAUGGCUUAAAAUUUUCUUGAGUAGAUAAAAACAUAGUCCCCAACAAAAAGAUAGAAACAAGAAUAGAAACGGAGAAGAAAUUAAUUAGCAUGUUUGUUGUAUUGUUUCUACUACUUUCCAUUCAGGUAGUAGGGAUUUGAUCUUUCCUUAUUUUGAUUUUGGACUAAUCAGGUUAUAAAACAAUGAAGUGAGGACAUCAUGAAACUGCUGUCUUCAUUCAAGUUAAGAGUGAUGCAUUAUUGUCCUGUGGUGUAGUUGGUAUGUUAAUUACACUCUGAUACAACUGAAAUAGCAGAUGCAAUAUCAGCAAGGUGUAAUUAUUUCUUUUCUGAUCAACUAUGCAUUAGAUGAUGUUGAAAUUUGGGGAUUCAGAACAAACGGUCAAGAAAGAAUUCUGAAACAUCUUUGGUGCAAAAAGGUGGUUUUAUUAAAGCACAGGGACAGGACCCGUGGGCAGAAAGAGCUGCACUGCAGUUGUGACGGGCGACUGAUUGUAUACCUUCAAGUUGGGAGGGGGUUAGGGAUAGGGUAAGUCUCUAAGGAAUUUUGGAAGCAAGGUUUCCAGGACCUUGAGGGAGCUAGCUCUUGUUGGGAAAAGGUCAUUUAUUACUGUCUAGUAAAAUCUCGGUCAUGAGACCCUUCAGAUGUAUAUUAGUGGGCCAUAUGCCUGGAGGAUGACUGCUAAUGUAUAUCUAGGGGAGAUGGAGAUAAAGGAAGUUUCCAAAGGAAUUUCUGUAUGUUUGAAGUAAACUCAUAGGAUCCUGGAAGUCGAGAUAACGUUAAGCUAAGAUUGCCUUUUGCCCUUAGCAAAAUAUUAACAUCUAGGCUGUUGAGUUCCUAGAGGAAGGUCACUCUGCCUAUCUCAAGGACUUGUCAAUGGGCUGUGUUAUAAGAAAAUUUAACUGUUUUCUUUUGCCUUUGUUCCCCACAUAAUUAGAUAUAUGUCAGCAAAAUAUUGUUAAAACAGAUAUUUGCCCAAAUCUGGGAUGGCAAUAUUUGCCAAACAUGCCAUCAUCCCAUAUCCAUAUCUCCUGCAGACAUCCUAACUGAGCACCACACACCUUUCUGCUAAGCCCUAAGGUGACCUCAGAAUCCUCUCAAUACAGUGCUUCUAAUGGUUACACUCAAUAAGGUAUGGGACUAGAGAUGACCUUUAUCUGACAACCAGGUCAAUACUGAAAGAUAGGUGAUCUUAAAAUACGAGAUGUGUGUUUUCAGCUGAGAGAUGGUACUCAGCAGACUUCUCUAUUCUGAUUAAUUUUUAUGGUCCCCCAGGGAAAAAAUUUUCUAAUGAGCAGAAUACUUUGAAAAUAGGGUAGAUUACCCACUGAAUUUCUCUUUUCUAAUCAGUUUCAACAGUAAUAUUUUAUUAUUCAGAUUAGUUUAUUACAACAAAUUUGAGCAGUUAAUCAAAAAAGGACCUACUGUGUGUUUAGCACAUGGACAAACUAUUUCAUUUUUUUUAGCUUUUUUUCUUUUCAAAAUAAAAAAACAAACAAACCUAAAAGCAGUUUUAUUGUCAUUAUGCGCCCCCAUGAGGAAGAUGACCACAUACCCUGGUUUAUUCUGAUUUAUGGUCUGUUGCCCCAGUGCUAAUUAUGACCAGUGUACCCUUUCACUCUUAGAAGCAUCCCAUUUGGAUGAUAAAUCAUAUGGCCAUUCUAUCUAUGAAAACCAUUUAAUGUCCAGCAUAUAAGCCAUUUGUCACAAUUCACUUCUUUUUUUGCAUUGACAAUCUUUCUUAUUUUAUUUAGUAUCAUUUAUUAAAGCCAUUUUGCUCCAAAAUGGAACAUUACUAUUCACACUGUAAAAAACCUAUCCCUUGCUAUGAAUUUCUUUUUUGUUUAUCCUAAAAUAUGUAUAUAUUUGUUGUACUUUACAUAUUCUGAAAGGAGCAUGUUUUAAACCACUAAUGAAAUGCUAAUAUUAAAUUUCUUGACUUGUAACUGA